AUGCAAGGAUGUAAGAUUAAUGAAGAAUAUAAGGUUAACGAAGAAUUUAAGAUCAAUGAAAAAUAUAAGAUCAAAGAAUAUAAGGUCAAUGGUGAAUUUAAGGUUAAUGAAGAAUUUAAGAUCAAUGAAAAAUAUAAGAUCAAUGAAGAAUAUAAAGUUAAUGAAUAUAAGAUCAAUGAAGAAUAUAAGAUCAAUGAAAAAUGUAAGGUUAAUGAUAAAUAUAAGAUUAAUGAAAAAUAUAAG